AUCCUUGUCAGGAUAUUCCAUACAAUAUUAUGUGUUGGUGUACCUGCUUCAUUGUUAUUCAAGGAUACAAUAUUGAAGAAAGCAAUAAUUGAUAUGAAUAAUUUGAUAUAUGGUAUAACAUAUUUAUUACUGGUUAUAUUAUCAUUAUCAAUGUAUUAUACAGCAUGUUUUAUUGAUCCUGGAUUUAUCCCAUUUCAAAACAAAAACUGUAAUAUGAUACAUAGUGAAGACAGUAAGCGACUCCGUGAUGCUAAACUUAAAUACAGGAAAUGUGAUUUCUGUGAGAUACAGCAACCAAUGAGAGCCAAACAUUGUGAAGAUUGUCAACGGUGUGUUCGAAAGUAUGAUCAUCAUUGUCCAUGGUUAGAAGCUUGUGUUGGAGAGAGAAAUCAUAAAUAUUUUCUCUUGUUUUUAUUAUCGACUACAGCUUUAAUAUUCUGGACUCUCUAUAUAACAUGGGAGGGUAUCCAAAAUGAAGUUCACUGGUCUGAUUGGUUUCAUCAGAAUUUUGUAUUUAUGAUUGAUAUUAUUAUUUUAAUAUUUGGUGGACUCGUUGUGUUUGGGUUAUUAUUUUUCCACAGUUAUCUGAUGUGUCGUGGAAUGACAACAUGGGAAGCUGCGUCAAGGGAGAGAAUCACCUAUUUAAAAUAUCUGGAUGAUGAAUAUAACCCGUUUGAUGAAGGACUAUGUAAAAAUAUGUAUUAUUUUCUGUGUGGUUGUCAUGUACGAGAUUGGGAGACAAUUUACACAAAUAAAGCCAAUGUUAAAGAUGGAGGU